UCCGGCCCUCCUCCCAGACGCCCACCCCCCGCUCCUCUUUCCGCGAGAUCGCAGAGGUGGCGCGCAGCCCGGCGAGCCGAUGACCGACCCCUUCCUCUGGUCUUCAAUGCCUCAGCGGAAGAUCCCCAAGGGCUGGAGAGAGGAGGGCUGCUGGACAUCCUCCCUCGGAGGCUGCUCCGACCUGCUGCUCGUGGUGUAUGAAACUGGGGACUGAGCGAGCCCAGCCGCAGCCGUCCGCUCCGUGGCUGCCGUCGGUCCGGACUGGGCCCCGCUCCUCUCGCCGCGCCCGCCGCCCGGCCCCGGCUCGGGACACCCCAGGGCUCGCCCGCGCGCCGACUGCCCGCGCGCCCUCCUGACGGCUGCGGCGGCGGCGGUGAUGCAAAGGAGGAGGGUGCUGCCGCCGGCGGCGCUGAUGGUGGCGCCCGGCGCCCGGGUGUGAGGCGCGCGUCACGGCGAGGAUGCUGCUGGCCUCGCGGCGCUGAGAGGGCGAGCGCGAGCCCGGGGCGGAGGACGCACGGGUCCGGAUCUUGCUGCCGUGUGGGCUCCGAUCUCCUUCUUUCCUCUCUCACUUCCCCCCACCCCAACCCCCCUUCAUUUGCUCUUGGUUUGCAUAUCCAAAACACCUCUCGACUCCGACCUCUCCCCGACCGCUGGAAGUCUCCCUGUCUCUAAAUGGAAUUAGUGGAGAUCGGAGCCUCGGGUGUAACGAACAGACAUGAUCUAUGGACGCAGUUUGUUUCACAUUGUAGCAAGUUUAAUCAUCCUCCAUUUGUCUGGGACAACCAAGCAAGGAACAGAAAAGCAAAGCACCUCAGAAACGAAGUCUGUGCAGUGUGGAAGUUGGACAAAACACGCAGACGGAGGUGUCUUCACCUCUCCGAACUAUCCCAGCAAGUACCCCCCUGACCGGGAGUGCAUCUACAUCAUAGAAGCUGCCCCAAGACAGUGCAUUGAACUUUAUUUUGAUGAAAAGUACUCUAUUGAACCUUCUUGGGAGUGCAAAUUUGAUCAUAUUGAAGUUCGAGAUGGACCUUUUGGAUUUUCUCCAAUAAUUGGACGUUUUUGUGGACAACAAAAUCCACCUGUAAUAAAAUCCAGUGGAAGAUUUCUAUGGAUUAAAUUUUUUGCUGAUGGAGAGCUGGAAUCUAUGGGAUUUUCAGCUCGAUACAAUUUCACACCUGAUCCUGACUUUAAGGACCUUGGAGUUUUGAAACCAUUACCAGUGUGUGAGUUUGAGAUGGGCGGCCCUGAAGGCAUUGUGGAGUCUAUACAAAUUAUGAAGGAAGGCAAAGCUUCUGCUAGCGAGGCCGUUGAUUGCAAGUGGUACAUCCGAGCACCUCCACGAUCCAAGAUCUACUUACGAUUCUUGGACUAUGAGAUGCAGAAUUCAAAUGAAUGCAAAAGGAAUUUUGUGGCGGUGUAUGAUGGAAGCAGCUCCGUGGAGGAUCUGAAAGCCAAGUUCUGCAGCACCGUGGCCAAUGACGUCAUGCUCCGUACAGGUCUCGGGGUCAUCCGCAUGUGGGCGGACGAGGGCAGUCGCAACAGCCGGUUUCAGAUGCUCUUCACAUCCUUUCAAGAACCUCCCUGCGAAGGCAAUACGUUCUUCUGCCACAGUAACAUGUGUAUUAACAAUACGUUGGUUUGCAAUGGACUCCAGAACUGUGUGUACCCUUGGGACGAAAAUCAUUGUAAAGAAAAGAGGAAAGCCAGUCUGCUGGACCAGCUGACCAACACCAGUGGGACUGUCAUUGGCGUGACUUCCUGCAUUGUGAUCAUCCUUAUUAUCAUUUCUGUCAUUGUGCAGAUCAAACAGCCUCGUAAAAAAUAUGUCCAAAGGAAAUCGGACUUUGACCAGACAGUUUUCCAGGAGGUGUUGGAACCUCCUCAUUACGAGGUAUGCACCCUCAGAGGGACAGGAGCUACAGCUGACUUUGCAGAUGUGGCCGAUGACUUUGAAAACUACCAUAAACUGAGGAGGUCCUCUUCCAAAUGCAUUCAUGACCAUCACUGUGGAUCACAACUGUCCAGCACGAAAGGCAGCCGCAGCAACCUCAGCACAAGAGAUGCUUCUGUCUUGACAGAGAUGUCCCCACAGCCCGUCAAACCCCUCAUCCCACCUGUGAACAGAAGAAGUAUCCUCGUCAUGAAACACAACUACUCCCAAGAUGCUGCAGAUCCCUGUGACAUCGACGAGCUUGACGAGGUGCCGACCACGAGUCACAGGCUGUCCCGACACGAUAAAGCCGUCCAGCGGUUCUGCCUCAUUGGGUCUCUAAGCAAACAUGAAUCUGAAUACAACACAACUAGGGUCUAAAACGAAAAUUCAAGACUGCUUGAGAAUAGUGCGUUCCUGAGUGAUUUUGAACAUGCUACAGUGAAAAGUGAGAAUAUGGACCAUGGAAACACCAGCUAGAGGUUUUAUGGACUAUAAACGUCUGUUGUUGUAUUAAGAUUAAAUGCAGCCCGAAGUACCGAGUAAAAUUACUGGAUUGCAAUAAGAAAAAUCUCAUUUUUUGUCUUUCCUAUAUACCCCCAUUUCCUUUCUUUUUAAAAGAAAAUCAAAGGAAGAUACCGAGUUUCAGAGAUAGUUUUGAAAUCAGGUAUUUUACCGUUCAUACCCUUCAGUAGAAAUGAUUUUUGAUUAAGCACUUAGCAAUAUGAUUGAUUGACAGUUUGAGAAAAUACCCUGCAUGUCAGCACUGGAUAUUUGAAUUGGAAAGAUAUCCUUUUUAUUAGACACAUUGUAAAAAGCAUGCAUUCUCCAAUACUGCUGUUACUCUUCCAUUGCCUUGUGUCAUAUGCUUGCUACUUGUAACUUUUUAUAUAAAGAUAUAUAAAAAUGUAUAAUAAUUUCCUAACUUGAGUUAAGAGAAAUGCUUUCUUCUAUUAGAGUGAUAAAAACUGACUUACAUAAGUACACACUUUAUAUCUACUCUUUCCACACUUUAGGCUACAGGAUGUCCUUUAGUAUUAAGACACACUUCUUCAAAAUUUGAUUUCUAAAACUUUAUGGAGUACUCAGUCCACAAGGCAGUCAGAAAGAGUUAAAUUACCUGGGGUAAAUAGGAUUUCUACAUUACAUCAAAAGCAUAUGAUAUACUGCAGCAACUGGGAGCAUUUUCAGGAUUGGCAUGUUGUCCUCUUUACAACUGAUUUUGUCAGAAGAGUUUAAGAAAGUGGACAUUGUACCACUAUCAAGUGCAUUUAAAAGUGCCAUGUUUUUGUGCUAAUCUGAAUGACGUAGCUAGUGAACUAGUUAGUCACCAGUAACUUGGUCACCAGGCAAAUCAAGCCUGCAAGAAAGGGAGCCAAUAUUCAAAUUACCAUGUUAUUGUCUGACCCACAGAAUUUAUUUUCAACAUAAACAUAUAACCUCAAUAUGAGAUGUCUAACUAAAGCAAGCACCACCAAGACCAAGACAGCAUCUCCUCUUCUAAGGUUUAGGUUUUGCCCAGAAUUCUCGAUACAUGGAAUAGCCCAUACCUAAAGAAAAAGAAUGCUAGUUAAGCAUUUAAAUAUUUUUUUCAGUAUUAGAAAAUUAACAACAGUUCAUAAAGUAGCUAAAAGUAGCACCCUUGCUAGCGUACAAUACUUACAAGGGGACCAAGGCCCUCACUCUUGCUUUCUUAAACAAUUCAAAUUUCUAAAAUUCUUUUUACACAAUUUCCCAAGUAUCUCAAGGCCAGAAUGACUAGCUCAGACUGUUAAAAUAUCAAUAUUUAUCUGGCAACUUUAAAAGGAGUUACUCUUGCUGUAUAAUACCAGAUAAAGUCAAUUAAUUAUAAAACCUAUAAAAGCAUGUAAUAUCUUUUCCACCUUCAAAAACUCAAUAAAACAGGAAUCAUGUCUCUCCCAGAUGAUGGAUCUUAUUACCAAUCCUAUUUACAUAUCUAGACUCUUCAACAAAAUUAUAAACUCAGUGAAGGGCAGUACUAUCUUUUCUUUCU